CAUUGCAUUGUCUGUAUAUAAUGCCUUGUAUAGUUCUCAUAUCUCAAUCUUAAAGACAAAAACAAGAAAGGUUUGGCUAUAACGAUGAGAAAAUCAGGUUCUUCGAAUUAUGCUUUUGUGCCUCUCGUAAUUCCACUGCUUCUUUGUUUUCUUUCCGUCUCUCCCUCACUGCAGGCAGCCUCGGACUCGGUUUAUGAUGCGUUUAUCCAGUGCCUAUCAAAUCAAACAGACCAGCCAGACCAAGUCUCUGAGAUUGUGUAUGCGCAAAGCAACGCUUCUUACACGUCUGUGCUGCGAGCUUACAUCAGAAACUCCCGAUUCAACGCCUCCUACACGCCAAAACCAGUGAUCAUUGUGACCCCAACACAGGAGUCCCAUGUACAGGCUGCUGUGCUUUGCUCCAAGAGCAUCGGCAUUCAGAUGAAAAUCCGGAGCGGCGGCCAUGACUACGACGGCUUAUCUUACAUCUCCGAUGUGCCAUUUAUCAUCCUGGAUCUGUUCAAUUUCCGGUCCAUCAGUGUUGACAUCGAGGAACAGACUGCUUGGGUAGGAGCCGGCGCCACACUCGGAGAGCUUUAUUAUAGAAUUUGGGAGAAGAGCAAAGUGCAUGGCUUCCCCGCCGGUGUUUGUCCGACUGUAGGCGUUGGUGGGCACCUGAGCGGUGGAGGGUACGGUAACAUGUUGCGUAAAUAUGGACUGUCCGUGGAUCUUGUCAUUGACGCCAAGAUAGUCGACGUUAAAGGUAGAAUUCUUGAUAAGGAUUCGAUGGGGGAAGAUCUGUUUUGGGCUAUCAAAGGAGGAGGAGGAGGAAGCUUUGGAGUAAUACUUUCGUACAAGAUUAAUCUGGUUCCUGUUCCUGAAACGGUAACGGUUUUCCGGGUAGAGAGGACCCUGGAACAGAACGCUACCGACAUUGUUUACAAGUGGCAACAGGUUGCUUCCAUCACAGACGACAACCUUUUCAUGAGAAUGCUUCUACAGCCCGUGCGUUCCAGGGUGCAGAGGGGAAGCAUGACUAUUAGAGCCUCAAUCGUGACCCUAUUUCUUGGAAAUGCAGAGCAACUGGUGUCAUUGUUGGAGAAAGACUUUCCCGAAUUGGGUUUGAAGAAGGAAAACGUCAAUGAAACGAGUUGGAUUCAAUCUGUUCUUUGGUGGGCAAAUUACGACAUUGGGACAUCCCCGGAUGUCCUGCUCGACCGAAAUCCUGACUCUGCUAAUUUCUUGAAGAGGAAGUCGGAUUAUGUGCAGACCCCGAUUUCCAAAGAUGGGUUGGAAUGGUUAUGGAAGAAGAUGAUUCAGAUUGGAAAAACAGGAUUGGUUUUCAACCCAUAUGGCGGAAAAAUGAGUGAAAUCCCUGCUUCUGCUACACCUUUUCCACACCGCGCUGGAAAUCUGUUUAAGAUCCAGUACUCUGUAAAUUGGGAAGUGGAGGGGAUUGAAGCAGACAAGAAUUACACAACUCAGAUAAGGAAGCUUUUUAGUUACAUGACUCCAUUUGUGUCCAAGAACCCAAGAAGUGCAUUUCUCAACUAUAGAGACGUUGACAUUGGUACCCAAAAGAAUGAUGAGAAUAGCUAUGCAGAUGGAAAGAUCUAUGGGGUCAAGUACUUCAACGAAAACUUUGAUAGAUUGGUGAAAGUUAAGACUGCAGUUGAUCCAGAGAAUUUCUUCUGGAAUGAGCAGAGCAUUCCAGUUCUUCCAAGGUAAGGCAUAGGAUAUGAUCAUUCACACAGAUCUUCAGACCAUAUUCCAGAUAUGUAUUGUCCCUAUGUAAUUUGCUAUAACAAUGAUAAUUAAAAUCAUUAAAAUCACUUCCCGAAUUGUCUUUGUAUUUCUUGUCGUCAAACAUCAAUAAUAAAUGCAUACGGAACUUGUUUGUUGA